AUGAAAUUAGGGGGGGAGGCGCUACUGAAUGCUAAGUACGACGUUAAUAUCACCCAGAUUGGAACUUGGAAUUUUCUAGAUUCCCGUGGAUCCCUUCACAAUUGGGUGAAGCUCAAUUCAUUAGACGUUUGUGGGUUUGAUUAUUCGCCCUUUCCACCCGAUGGAACGCUUUUCUCUGCGAAGCUGCGGCUAUGCUCUAUGGGCGGCAUUACAGGAAAAAAUCAUGUAAUUUCUUUACAACAGCGUUUUACAGUAGGUUACGGUUGUGAGGCGGGAAAGGCGGAAUAA